CCCUGUGAUUGGCUAAAACCAGAGUCGUUCAUGAAUUAUUCAUAAUUUCCACAGCUCUCCUUGCCAGGAAACGGUUAAUGUUGCCUCUUGCAUGUGAGGGUAUCACGUGAUAUCGGUCUCGUGACGUGUUGUUGGGUUUUGACAACCGAGGAAUCAGAUUUCUCGAGGUGAACAUCAAGCCAGUAUUCAGACAUGGACAUCAGAGGAGCAGUGGACGCUGCUGUACCGACCAACAUCAUCGCUGCUAAAGCUGCUGAGGUCCGAGCUAACAAGGUCAACUGGCAGUCCUACUUACAGGGCCAGAUGAUCACAGGAGAAGACUGUGAGUUCAUCAAGAAAUUUGAAGUCGCUCAUUCCGAGCAGAAACAGGCCAUUCUGACAAAUGAAGGACAUCAGUGUGCAAAGACCUUUCUCAACCUAAUGGCUCACAUAUCAAAGGAACAGACGGUUCAGUACAUCUUAACCCUGAUCGAUGACACUUUGCAGGAAAAUCAUCAACGUGUCAACAUUUUCUUCGAUUAUGCCAAGAAGACGAAAAACACGGCAUGGUCAUAUUUCCUACCUAUGCUGAACCGCCAGGACCUUUUCACUGUUCACAUGGCUGCCAGGAUCAUCGCCAAGCUGGCGGCCUGGGGCCGGGAUCUGAUGGAAGGGAGUGAUCUGAACUACUACUUCAACUGGAUCAAGACUCAGCUUAGCUCCCAGAAACUACAUGGUACAGGUGCAGAAACAGGAACCGGAACCAUCUCUCCCAGUGAAAGCUCUCAGUAUGUUCAGUGUGUCGCCGGCUGCCUGCAGCUGAUGCUGAGGGUGAACGAGUAUAGGUUUGCCUGGGUCGAAGCUGACGGAGUGAACUGCAUCACGGCAGUGCUGAGUAACAAGUGCGGCUUCCAGCUGCAAUACCAGAUGAUCUUCUGCGUAUGGCUUCUGGCCUUCAGCAAUCAGCUGUGUGAGCAGUUGCGCCGCUACAACGUGGUGCCUGCCCUGUCUGACAUUCUGCAGGAGUCUGUCAAAGAAAAGGUCACCCGCAUCAUCCUGGCUGCUUUCAGAAACCUGCUGGAGAAGUCUGCAGAGAGAGAGACUCGUCAGGAGUACGCUUUGGCUAUGAUCCAGUGCAAGGUCCUGAAACAACUGGAGAAUCUGGACCAGCAGAAAUAUGAUGAUGAGGACAUUACUGAUGACAUCAAGUUCCUUCUGGAGAGUCUGGGAGAAAGUGUCCAAGACCUCAGCUCCUUCGACGAGUACAGUUCCGAGCUGAAGUCUGGUCGACUUGAGUGGAGUCCGGUGCACAAGUCAGAGAAGUUUUGGAGAGAGAAUGCUGUUCGUCUGAAUGAGAAAAACUACGAACUACUCAAGAUUCUGACCAGGCUGCUAGAGAUGUCUGAUGACCCUCAGGUUAUUGCUGUGGCUGCUCACGAUGUGGGGGAGUAUGUAAGACAUUACCCUCGUGGCAAAAGGGUGAUUGAACAGCUGGGUGGGAAGCAGCUGGUGAUGAACCACAUGCAUCAUGAGGACCAACUGGUGCGCUACAACGCCCUACUAGCUGUUCAGAAGCUGAUGGUGCAUAACUGGGAGUAUCUGGGCAAACAGCUGCAGUCCACAGAGCAGUCCACACCGGCUGUAGCCACCCGCAGCUGAACUCUCUCCAUGCUCGUGUUCGCAUCACUGGAUGUUGUGUGAAUCUCUGUUUUUGCUGCAUUGUGGGG